CACAUGGUAUAGAGCCAGUCUAUCUUUCUUACUUUCUUUUUCCCAUAUUCCCCCCUCCCCUUCGUCUUUAUCUCCUGUCCAUGGCCUCCCCUUCUGUCCCUAAUACUCCUGCACCUAUGAACUCCAUCAUGCACAUGAUAGCCCUAAAACUCACUCCCACAAAUUACCUCUAUCGGAAAAACCAAAUGAUUCCUCUGUUCAAUGUGCAAAAUCUGAGUGCACAUAUCAAUGGUUCUGAUCCACCCAAUGCUGAGAUCGUUGAUGGUGAUAAACGCACCCCGAACCCGUUGUAUGUUGCGUGGCAGACUGAUGAUCAAAAAGCUGUUAUGCUUCUAAAUGCUUCCCUCACUGAAGAAGUUUUAGGAGAAGUCAUCGGUCUCCCCACUGCAUAUUCCAUUUGGCAGGCACUUGAACAGGCCUUUAGCAAUACAUCCGUUGAUCGGAUUCAGAAUCUGCGCGAUCAACUGCGUCUGAUUUCGAAGGGUACCUCUACUGUGGCUGAUUUUGGUCGCCGAUUCAAGCACAUCGUGGACCAACUUACUGCCGUCGGCCAACCCGUUGACGAUGCUGAGAAAUCGCACCUGUUUCUUCGUGGUCUAGGCCCCGGAUUCGAGAUGUUUUCCACAGCCACUCGCACCGUCAAGCCCCUGCCAUCUCUUCGUGAUAUCAUAACACAGGCCGAAUCAUACGAACAGUUCCAUUCUUCGAUUCAUGGUACCGGUACUCCUCCAGUUGCUUUUAAUGCUAAUAGGGGACGUGGUAAUCGUAGUGGAGGUCGUGGCUAUCGGGGAUCUGCUUCUGGUGGUAGGGGUCGUGGUUCUCGUCGACCCCCGCACUGUCAGUUGUGCCGAGAAAAUGGUCACUAUGCAUCGGCAUGCCCCCGUUUGUCAUCAUUUGCUGCCUCAAAUUCCUCCACUGUCGAGGAUAUAGCCAAGGCGUUUCAUGCUACUUGUAACAUCAACCGCUCCACACCUGACUGGUUUGUUGCCGAUACCAGCUCCACCGAUCAUAUGGUUCAUAAUACUCAGUCUUUGCAACACAGUUCUCCCUAUGGUGGUGACAAUAAAGUAACAUUUGGCAGUGGACCGGGCAACGAAGCAAGUUCUAGCACAAGGAAGGUGUGAAAAUGGCCUUUACAUUCUCCGGUCUGAGCCGCGUGCAUUUUUGGCGUAUUCAAAUAAAGCUUCGUUUGAGUUGUGGCACGCACGAUUGGGUCAUGUAUCUCAUGAUACGCUUAUGUUACUAAAUAAAAAUGGUUGUUUAACAUUUACUUCAGUUUUACCUAAGCCGGUUGUUUGCAACUCUUGUGAAUUGUCAAAAUCGCACCGCUUACCCUUUAUUACUAAUGAACAACGUGCAUCAAAUCCGCUUGACUUGGUCCAUUGUGACCUAUGGGGUUAUUCACCUGUCACCUCUAUCGAUAAUAGCCGCUACUAUGUUAUUUUUGUCGACGAUUAUUCUCGAUUCACCUGGUUUUACCCAUUGCAAACAAAGUCUCAGUUUAAAGAUGUUUUAAUAACUUUCAUCAAGUUUGCUCAAACACAGUUUAAUCGUAAAAUUAAAGUAUUUCAAAGUGACGGCGGCACCGAAUUUUUAAAUCAUCGUGUCAAGAAAAUAUUUGAGGAGAAUGGCACCUUUCAUCGGGUAUCUUGCCCGUACACGCCACAACAAAACGGGCGUGCGGAGAGAAAGCAUCGUCAUAUCGUUGAAUCCGGUUUGGCCCUAUUGUUCAAUAGUCAUGUUCCGGCUAUCUAUUGGGUCUAUGCCUUCAGCACCGCAGUCUACAUUAUA